AUGGGUCCUAGAAAUCCCUCUCCUGACCACUUGUCAGAAUCAGAAAGUGAGGAAGAAGAAAACAUGAGCUACCUAAAUGAGAGUUCUGGGGAAGAGUGGGAUUCCUCUGAAGAAGAGGACUCCAUGGUACCCAACUUAUCGCCUCUUGAGAGUCUCGCCUGGCAGGUGAAGUGCCUUUUAAAAUAUUCUACAACUUGGAAACCUUUAAAUCCUAAUUCCUGGUUGUAUCAUGCUAAACUCUUGGAUCCAAGCACGCCAGUCCAUAUACUUCGAGAGAUAGGUCUAAGACUCUCCCAUUGUUCCCAUUGUGUCCCCAAACUGGAACCAAUUCCUGAAUGGCCCCCUCUGGCCUCUUGUGGAGUCCCACCUUUUCAGAAGCCCCUUACAAGUCCCAGCCGGCUCUCUAGAGAUCAUGCCACUCUAAAUGGAGCACUGCAAUUUGCCACCAAACAACUAAGCCGAACAUUGAGUAGAGCCACUCCCAUACCUGAAUACCUAAAACAGAUCCCUAAUUCAUGUGUUUCUGGGUGUUGCUGUGGCUGGCUAACUAAAACAGUUAAAGAAACAACUCGAACUGAACCCAUCAACACUACUUAUUCUUACACUGACUUCCAAAAAGCAGUUAACAAACUCCUAACUGCAUCACUAUAAAGAUCUACCGUUUGCUCUGAUAUCUCUGAUGUUGCUAAUUGAGAAAGUGGUACAAAGUCAUUACACAGCCCACCAAUGCCUUCUCAAUCAAACUAUUUUAUGCCCUGGUAAGCCAAUGAGGAUACCCUUUGACAAAUCCUAUGGAUAAAAUGAUAGUAUCAAGGUCGGACUUGGUGGUUCACACCUGGAAUCCCAGCACUUUGGGAGGCCAGGGCAGGCGGAUCACCUGAGGUCAGAAGUUCAAGACCAGCCUGGCCAACGUGGCGGAACCCAUCUCUACUAAAAGUAGAAAAAUUAGCCGGCUGUGGCAGUGCAUGCCUGUAAUCCCAGCUAUUCAGGAGACUGACACAGGAGAAUUGAUUGAACCCAGGAGGCAAAGGUUGCAGUGAAUGGAGAUUGCACCACUGUAGUCCUGCCUGGGUAACAGCGAGACUCAGUCUCAAAAAAGAAACGACAAUAUCAGUGGAGAAUUAGUUAAGAAACCCAUGUUACAAAAAAUAGUUGAAUAUUCUUCACUGAGUUCUCACCCUCCCCACCCCAAUUUACUCUGCGUUUCUGAAUAGCUUUAAUGAGAUAUCUGAUUAUUAAUGGAGAAAAGUAGACCACCACCCCUUUUGUUAUCCAUACUUCGGAACAGCCACUUUUGAAAGCAAGAAGUUGGUUACCCACAAUAAUACCUUUCUGAGCAUACUCUUCUCUGACAUGGAGGUAGUUGAACUAAAUUGAGUACACAAAGGAAAAUGUCAGGGAUAUGACUUUUUCCAGCUUUUAUAUAGAUGCAUCUACAUUUGACACUCUUUAGGGUUCUUUUUUUUUUUUAUGGGGUGGCAGGAAGGACUGCAGUUUGAAGCCUAUCAUAUACUACUACAAACUUCAGUACUUAAAGUUACAGCAUGAACAUUCUAUAUCAGAGUCUCCCACCAGACUGUCUCUGGCUGACUCAGCCUAUAAGAUCAUCUCUUGGGAUUAAACAAACACAUGUUCUGUAGGGAAUGUGUUUCCUGAAUCUUGGCACUCAGACUUUUCUCAAGAGUAAAUAAAAUACAUUUUGAAAGACAAAUAGAAAACUAUCAACAGAGCAUUUAUGCUUUCAGUGUUAACUGCUAAUGGAUUAAAAUCUUAAUCUGUAUAACAUUUCUUGGAGCAAAAGUUCAAGUACUUUCCACAUCCAUUGCAAACUUUGGGAACCCUUCUAAUUUUAAAGAACCUUCUUAUUAGAAAAUCUCAGCCUAGUACAAUCUGAAGUUGAGUUUUAGCAUUGUUUUUCUAAGUAGAUUUAGUUACAGAUUUUCUGGCCAAACAGGAGUAUCUGCCCUUGUAAAUGAGUCAAAACCUAGAAAUCAAUAUAUGUAAAAUGCAUGAGACUAUUUAAUCUUUUCACAUACUCUUAGAAAUGAAAUCUGUGCAUGGUCCUGGUUGACUGGGCAUCUAAAGGGAAUCAGAAAAGAGAUUAUGAAAAAUAUAUAUAUCCUCUUUCUUAUUUUAGUUUUGCUUUUUUCUGGUCAGGAGUUCGUGACUAGCCUGGCCAACAUGGUGAAACCCCAUCUCUAUUAAAAAUAUAAAAAUUAGCCAGGCGUGUGGCACGCACCUGUAAUCCCAGCUACUCAGGAAGCUGAGGCAGGAGAAUUGCUUGAACCCAGAAGGUGGAGGUUGCAAUGGGCCAAGAUCGCCCCACUGCACUCCAGCCUGGGUGACAGAGUGACAUACUGUCUCAAGAAAAAAAAAGCAGUUAGGAAUCACAAAUUGUGUAAAUAUAUAGCAAGAGAAAAAUGCUUAUAACCUAAUGAAUGUUUCUGCUGAGGCUUACCUGUCUGGUCUAAAGGAAAAUAGAGGGAAUUGUAGAAUGAAAGUAUUUGCCUAAAACCAUGUCAUAUUGUUAGUGUAAUUGGAUGUAUCAGAAACUGUUCAUAUGUAGAUAUUCUGUUAGAAACUGGUUUCUAAAAUGUUACAAGAAACUCUUCCUUUUUUUUUGUUUUAAGGGGAGGUGGGAUGAGAUAGGGAAGAGGUCUGCAUAUUAAAAUAUGUUGAUGUUUAUGUAUCCAUAAUGUGUUCCAUUUUCUCUCUGUGUGUGUAUAAAAGUGCCUUGCUCAUAAAUGCAUUUUUGCUAUUCACUUCAAAAGGAAACUUUUCCACAGCUUGGCAGCUGAAUAAACCAACAGCUUUGUACAUGCUAAA